AAAAACUCACGAGCCAAGCCAUCGUUUGCAAGAGAUAAGGAGGUUAGUUAGGAACGAGACACGGUGAAAGGCUGAAAGGAAGGUCCUUUUCCACUGAAAAAUAUAAAGCCUUUCGUGGCUUCAUCAGAUCCCAAGAACAGAAGAGAUUGCUCAUAAAAAUGCCGUUUCUCAGUCGGCUGAUUGCGAUGGUAUCUAGAAUAGUGAAUUGUCUUAAGGUGAGCGCUUGAUAUUCCAUCUCUGCAGCGACCAAAACCCAGUGUAGGAACCCCAUACCGCCUAAAAGCAGGAGAGAGAUGCCGAUUGUUGUUGUAGCUGCUUCGGUCCCAAGACUUCCCCUUUUCCCCCAAAUUUGGAAGAAAAACCAAAAUUCUGCAAGGCCGCAACUCCUUCAUUGCUCCAAGAACAUUGGAGAGAGCACCAGCCUAUCUAGAGAUCCUGAGCCAACCGAGUUGGGAAGCCCCAGGGAUAUGGAGGUGCAUCAGAGAAAUUUGAAAUCCAUUGAUAAUGAAAAAGAAGAGAAACCGAAUGACAUAUGGCAACUAUUUAAGGAAGCUCAACAAAAUAUUCUGUACUUAAACAAACAGUGUCUACUGGCCAUGGAAGAGCUUGAGAGGCUAAAGAAUGAAAGGACCUUAUUGCUUGAUAGGGUAGAGCAAUUGGAGAUGAAAAAUCAGGCAAAUUUCAGAAGAGAUAAAUUUACAAUCAGCUCAGAGUUGCUUCUUAGAAUAGAUUCUUUGGUUCUCAAUGGCGUGAUUAGCAGUAUGGAGGCAUCUGAUUUAAGAAGGUUAAUAAUCGAUGCAAGGGGCAGUUCGGCUGAUGAUCUAUAUGGCCUUAAUUGCAAGAAUGAUGCUGAAUUUCUGGUUGAGCUGCACCACUUUUCAAAGAAGAGCAAAAAGAACGGAUUUCACAUAAUCCACAUCUGUACAGAAAUGUCACCUGUAGUCUCUGAGGGACCUUUGGCAUCAUAUAUAACUGGCUUAUCUAGUGCUCUACAGAGGAAGGGAAAUCUUGUGGAAGUUAUAUUGCCCAAGUAUUCAUGCUUGAAUCUAGAGGAAGUUCAAGGAUUACGAGAAGUUGAAACAGAACUCCACUCAUAUUUUAAUGGUCAGUUGCAUGGGAACAGGAUCUGGACUGGGGUUGUCUACGGCAUUGGAGUUACCUUUAUACAGCCUGUCUAUUACUCAUCUUUAUUUAGCCACGACAAAGUAUAUGGUUACUCAAAUGACUUUGAAAGAUUCACCUAUUUCUCUCGUGCUUCACUGGACUAUCUAGUUAAAUCAGGAAAGAAACCUGAUGUGCUUCACGUACACAAUUGGCACACUUCUAUAGUUGGGCCACUUUUCUGGGAUGUUUUUGUCAGUCAGGGGUUUGAAGGUACUAGGAUACUGUUGACCUGUCAGGGUUUUAAUUCCCAGUGUCUUGAACAACCAGAAAAGCUAGCAUUAUGUGGGCUUGACUCGUCUAGAUUGCUUCGGCCUGAUCGUCUGCAAGAUAACAAUAAGUCUCAUCUUGUCAACAUACUCAAGGGUGGAGUUGUUUACUCUAAUAAAGUAAUCAUAAUGUCAUCAAUACAUACUAAAGGCAGAAUAGUUGGUGCAUUUGGACAUGGACUGGAACCCACUUUAGAUAUUCACAAAGAAAAGUUGGUGAUUGCUCCUCGUGGAUUCGAUAAAUCAACUUGGGAUCCUUCAUGUGACAAUAUUCUUCCACAGAGCUAUAGUGCAGAUGACAUGAAGGGGAAGUCUGUGUGCAAAGUCGUAUUGCAGCGGCAUCUGGAUUUACCUGAAGGGGCAUCCAAAAUUCUCGUUGGAUGCAUUUAUCCAGACAUCUUAGAUGCUGACAUUGAGAAGUUAAAGACACUUGUUUGGAUGGCUUCUAGAAGGGGAGUUCAGCUGAUGACAUAUUUUGAAGAUCUGUUUAAGCUGCAGUUUAUUUUCAUGGGAUCUAGCAAAAGCCCAGGCAUGAGGAGGGAGUUGGAGAUUUUUGAGGAAGAAGUGGAGGAUGAAAAUGUGAGAUUCAUUGAUGAAUAUGAUGAAGAAUUAUCACAUCUGAUAAUUUCAGGAUCCGACAUCCUGAUAUGCCCAUCUUUUGAUGAUCCUCUGCUUCAAGUGCCACUCAAGGCCAUAAAAUAUGGAGCAGCUCCUGUUCCUCUACACUCUGCCGACAGCAGAUUCAGGCUCUUUGGUGAUGAUGAGAGCACUACAUUCUCACAGUACAUCAAUCAAACCUUUGGAAACCUGUCUCUAGGCCAAGCCAUCGAUGAACUCAAGAACAAUCCAUCACAAUGGAAUACAAGGAUGAUAGAUGCCAUGGAGAAGGAUUUUUCGUGGGAUUCAGAGUGUGCGGACGUGCAUAUUUCUGCAUAUGCAGCAGUGAAAAGAUUAUAAAGAGGUCGUAAACAUAUGCACCAGGCAUUGUAGAAAUUGAUAUAGAACAGGACAUUCUUGUACAUAGAAAAAGUCUGCAAUCAUCCUGGAUUAGCUACAGCAUAAAGUUGAGCAUUCUCGGUAAUUAAUUCUUUGGUCCCUAUACUUUGAGUUAAACUUAAUAUUUUUCAAGGUAGGAAUUUUUUAUAAAUUGUUAUGAUUUUGGU